UUUUGCUUUCGUGGUGACAACAUCAAUGUUAAUGUGUGAUUAUAAGUGCUAAAAAUUUAAACAACAACAACAAAGAACAACAACAACAACAUUUGUAACGGUAAAAACAAGUUGCGUCUGAGAAAGAAUUCUAUGAAAUAUUGUGGGCCGCUUAGAAACUUGUGGAGUUUUUAAUUUGAAAAUAAACAUAAGGAGUUCAAAAUUUAUUCCCACAUAAUAACCUCAAGAAAAAAUAUAGCGAAAAGUUUUUCUCAUAAACAACAAAUAAAAUUUGCAAAUUUUUUACUUUCAACUAACGUGUUGCAAAAUAUAUUUAAAAAACCAUUUCUGGACAUAAAUGUUAAGCAAAAAGUAAGCCAAAAAUUAAACAUGUCUAUGGAAAACUUUUCGCUUUAUUUAGAGGCGGAUAUAUGGGGAUAUAAUUACACUGCACAGAAAAAUGUGUUUUUUAAUAAUCAUUACGGCGCUUACGAGUUUGAAUCAAUAUCAAACAGAUAUACUAUUGUCAGCCUUCUUGAUAUUGUGGGACCUCCAUUUGAAGCCCUGGAAUCACAAAAUAGAAAAACAUUUCUAAAACCAAAAGAAUUUUAUACAAAUAUAUUAAAGCCUCAAAAAUGGAUACUUUUAACAUCGAUAUGGACUUGAGUAACUUGUUAAAACAAUGGAACCUGCAACAUUUGUAUAAUAAAUUAAAAGAACAAGAUAUAACGAUUGAUGUAUUGAAAAUAUUAAAAGCACAUCAUAUUUCAAAAUUAUUCAACGAUUUAUCCGUUGGUGACCAAGCGAAGUUUGAAAACUGUUUAGAGAAGUGGAAAGAGACAUCUACUCCAUUCUUCAAAAGAGAUGAAAUCGAUUUUUCUUCGGAUUCAUCACAGAAAUCGUCGUUUGUUUCCGUAAAAGAAAUUUUGUCAAAUACAUUUAACGGCAAGGAAAUCCUUAAAUUUUAUGCCAAAAAUGACAUUUUACAUGAGGAACAACGAAAUCUUCUUAUAUCAACUAUAGCUAAAUAUAUAGAAGCGAACGGGAUACCUUAUACUAUAUCGGAUUGUGCUGAUAUAGAAAACCAGAUAUGCACAAUUUUCCCGUCAGAACAACUUGAUUUUUACUCUAAUGGUAAACGUGGCAAAAUCUAUAAUAAAUUGUCAAAUUUAAAAAGGCUUUCCAAAGACAUUUUUAAAGAAAAAUCUUCGCCGGAAGAAGAUAAAACGUUCGAACCAGAAGAAAAUGUGGGCGUCGCAUUGCAGUAUUUAAGGCUACCUACAAUUACAGCGGACGAGUUUGACCUUUACUGGCGCAAAUGUGCCCGUUACCGUUUUAAACAGAUUUCAGAAUCCAAAAGUACGGCCGAAAUUUUUCAGAUGUGGCCUGAAUACAAAAAGCCUUCUGGUUCAAUUCUCAUUAAUAUAGACUUUGAAAUGAAAUUUCCUUUUGCCAAACAAUUUUCUGAAAGGUGGUCAAGCUAUAGAGAUAAAGUUAUAUACUUGCUGCAAAGUAAAAUCAGCAACCCUGCUAUUUCCAAAAAAAUGCAACAAAUACAUGUAUUUAAUGAAGAAUCAGUAAUUUUAACAGCACUUUGGAAUAUGCAUCAUUUAUUUCCUCCAACACAAAAAGUCACCUCGGACAUGAGUGGGGCAAAAAUACGUAAAAAGUUUUCUGUACUAGAUUCCCAGGAAAGUUUUGCAAUUUUGGCAGAAUCCGAAGAAGAAAUCGAUAUAAAAUUAAAACUUCUUGUGCUUCAAGGGCGUAAUAUCCAGCCCAAAUUAUUAAUUUCUGGUUGUUUAGAGGAUAUUAAAUCUAUAAUUGUUUAUUUCGAUGGUAUUAAGUAUCCAUUUUUAAGUAUUGUAAAAGCUUUUGAUUUACUUUUUAAAAUAUUUUUUGUAUUUAAUCUUCAGUUUCCCGAGGAAUCUGAAAUAUUUUAUAAUUUUAUUCAAGACUUUUUUUAUGACAUACCUACCUCAAAAAAAUUGUAAAGGUGUCAACCCUAAAGCAUGAAAUUCUAAAACUUAAAGACAAUUCCUUUAAUUGAUUUAUUUUAUCUAAUUUUUAUUAUUCGUGCCAUAUCAAAUGAAUUAAAUAUAAAUUAUAUGUAUAAUUGUAUAUAUUUUAUACUUUUAUUUUAAUAUAUUGUUUUUUGUAAUAAAAAA